AUGAGACUUUUAGAGAAACUACGUGACUCCACUGGGGUGAACACUGCCCUGGAGCCCGAGAAGGCAGCGGUGGAUCUCGUGACCAAGCGCCCGUCGGUCUCUCCGUUCUGCAACGUGCUCACCCCAGGGCGCAUCCCGGCUUUCUGUAUCCCACCCCGGCUACCUUCCCACACUGUCCCUGCUUUCCAGCCUCUUGGCGCCUCCACCUCCACCCCACGACGUUGCACUGUGGAACCUGACAUGUGGCCUCAUAGUCGGAACUCCAGCAGCAGCACUGGGGAGGAGCUGCGGUCAGAGCUUGUGAGAGCCAGGGAGCACCCGGACCUCACCGACUGGGACCCGCGCUCUCAGGCGGCGCUCUCGCUGCCGCACCUGCCCCGCCAGCCGACCUCGUACGGCUUCUGUGCGCUGCUGGAGAGCCCGAAUACCCGCCGCAAGGAGUCCCUUUUCCUCGGGGGCUCUGCAGCUGCUGCCGCCUUUCUCCUGCAGCCUCCGCGGCCUCGGGCUCACACCUACUGCGGCAGCAGCGGCACUAGCGGCAGCAGCGGCACCAAGGCUUCCUACAACCCACGAGGGCGGCGGGGCGCCCCAGACGACCCCGACACCGCCGCCUCCUCCUCCUCCUCUGCCAGUUCGUCCCCCUGCGCUUCCCCGCUGCCCCAGGAGGUUCCCGCCCCGCGCUCCCGCAGCCGUCAGCGCUACCGCCGCCUCCUCCGGGCCCCGGACGCGCUCUUGGGCCGGGCGCUGCGAGCUAGUGGGAGCCGCGUUCUAGCCCGGGCCCGCUCGGUCUCCAGCGCUGAAGAUGAUGACGAGGACUAUGAUGACGUCGGGGACGCAGGUCGCGUCUCCGUGCCAGCCACCUGCCAGCCCGGCUCUGCCCAGGUACCGGCUCCAUCUCGGUCCCCGUCGCCGUCCCCCCUGGGCCCACGGCAGGAGCGCCUGGAGGUCGAGAGCACCGUGGCCCUGGGCCACGACGGCGGCGCCCUGCACUUGGCCACCGAGUACUGUCCGGUGUCCCGGCGGCUGCGCAUCCGCCUGCUCCGAGCCGAGGGGCUCUACAGCGGCGCCGCCGAGCCGGGGGCCAUCGGCUGCAGAGUCAGCGUCACCUUGGUGCCUCCGGGCAAGACGCGCAAGCAGCGCAGCGCCGUGGUCCGACGGAGCCGGAAUCCCGUCUUUAACGAGGACUUCUUCUUCGACGGACUGUCCGAGGAUGAUCUACGCCGCACGGCUGUGAAGGUCAAGGCGGAGAACAAGGGCCGGGGCUUGGAGCGGGACCGUUUGCUGGGCCGGGGAGAACUGGAGCUGAGCUCCAUACUCCCCUGACAGUGGCCUAACAUUACUCCUCCUUUCCUG